AUGUCUUGGAAAGAGGAUAGUGAUUGCUGUUCUUGGGAUGGAGUCACAUGUGAUAAGGUAACGGGUCAUGUGAUUGAUCUCGACCUUAGUUGUAGCUGGCUUUACGGAAACAUCCCUUCUAAUAGUAGUGUCUUUUUCCUUCCUCAAUUGCAAAAACUCAAUCUAGUUUUCAAUGAUUUCUAUUACUCUCAAAUUUCCUCUAAUUUUGGUCAAUUGAUCAGCUUGACACAUCUGAAUCUCUCUGCCUCAAACUUUAAUGGUUCUAUUCCAUCUGAAAUCUCACAUUUGUCUAAUUUGGUUUCACUAGACAUCUCAAGUGCAUUUGAUGUGUACCCAGUCAUUUAUAGUUCCUACUAUUUGAAUGUUCCAUUGAGUAUUGAAAGACCUGUUUUUGAAAGGCUAGUUCACAAUCUGACUAUGUUAAAAACCCUUGCUCUAAACUAUGUAGACAUGUCUACCAUCAUACCUAAUUCAUUGAUGAAUCUGUCUUCAUCUUUGACUUCUCUAAGUCUUUGUUAUUCUAUAUUGCAAGGGAACUUUCCAACUCAAAUCUUUCACCUACCAAAUCUACAAAUUCUUAGAUUAAGAGGUAACUUCAACUUGACAGGUAGUUUUCCCAAAGUCAAUUGGAGUAGUCCACUCAAGUCUCUGGAUGUCACUGACAUUAGCUUUUCGAAACAAUUACCUAAUUCAAUAGGCAACCUCUUGUCCUUGAGGGAAUUGUAUCUCGAGAAUUGCACUCUGAUGGGAUCAAUUCCCACAUCAUUUGGAAACCUUACACAACUUAGUUUUUUAGAUCUUUCAUUCAAUAGUUUUAGUGGUCAAUUUCCAUUCUUUUUUUUCAACUUAACGCAACUUUCUCAUUUGCGCUUGUCAAGUAACCAACUCAGUGGCCCAAUUCCUUCUCAUGUCAAUGUCCUUCAAAAGUUAGUUGAUAUUAGAUUACAAUGGAACAACUUGAAUGGCACUAUACCAUCUUGGUUAUUCACUCUACCAUUACUGGAAAGCCUAGACAUUCGUGAAAACCAGUUAACGGGUCAUAUUGAUCAAUUUCAAAGUAAAUCCUUGGAACACCUUUAUUUGGAUGGUAAUGCACUAACUGGCUCUAUUUCAACUUCAAUAUUUGAACAAGUGAAUUUAACCAUUCUCACACUUUCUUCAAACAAUUUUAGUGGAAUUGUAAAGCUUCACUUAUUUUCAAAGCUUAAAAACCUUCUUUUGCUUGAUCUUUCUCACAAUAGUAUAUCAAUUAACACUACAUUCAAAGCCAGUUCAUCAUUUUCACAACUUCUUUAUUUGAUGUUAUCUGGUUGCAACUUGAGUGAAUUCCCAGAUACACUAAGAAGCUUUAAUCAAUUAAGGUAUUUAGAUCUCUCUGAAAAUAAAAUCAGUGGUCAAAUACCUAAUUGGAUGUGGGAAAUUGGAAUGGAUACUUUAGCCUAUCUAAAUCUUUCCUUCAACUACUUGACCAACAUAGAAAAGCUUCCAUUGGAGAAUCUUUUUAUUCUAGACCUUAAUUCAAACAAGCUCCGAGGAUCACUUCCAAUUCCACCGUCUUCCUUGAGAGUCUUAUUUUUGUCAAACAACAAAUUGUCAGGAGAGAUACCAGAUUUGAUUUGCAAUAAGAGUGCCCUGGAAAUUCUAGAUCUUUCUAACAAUACCUUCAGUGGCAACAUUCCAAUAUGCAUGGGAAACUUUAGCUAUCUUCAUGUGUUGGAUUUGAGGAAAAAUAAACUCAGUGGCACAAUUCCAGGAAGUUUUGCAAAAGGCAGUCUAUUGAGGACUCUCAACUUGAAUGAGAAUGAAUUGGAAGGGCCAAUCCCACGAUCUUUGGUCAAUUGUACGAUGCUUGAAGUUCUAGAUAUUGGCAACAACAAGGUAAUUGAUACCUUCCCAUAUUGGCUACAAAGUCUCCCUGAAUUGCAAGUUCUUGUACUUCAUUCAAAUAGAUUUUAUGGUUCUGUACGAGGUUGGUCAGAAAUGAAUCAUUGUUUUCCAAAGUUGAAAGUACUUGACCUCUCAAAGAACAAAUUUGGUGGUCCAUUGCCAGCCUCGUAUUUCAAAAAUCUUCAAGUCAUGAAGGAUGUUGGUGAAGUUGGGAGGGAGUUACAAUAUAUUGGUGAAAGUUAUUAUCAAGAUUCCAUUACAGUAACAAUGAAAGGGCAUCUGUUUGGAUUUAUGAGAAUAUUCGUGGCUUUCACUGCCAUUGAUUUUUCAAAUAAUAACUUCUGUGAAGAGAUUCCAGAAGUAAUUGGAGAGCUUUAUUCACUUAUACACCUCAAUCUUUCUUCAAACAAUUUAACAGGUUGCAUUCCAUCAUCACUUGGAAAUUUGAAUGCUCUUGAGUCUUUAGACCUCUCUUUCAACAAGCUUGGUGGAAAAAUUCCAUGGCAGUUGGCAAAUUUAGACUUUCUUCAAGUGCUAGACUUGUCUCAAAACCAACUCACAGGGCCCAUUCCACGGGCACCGCAUUUUGAUACCUUUCCAAAUACGUCAUACGCCGGAAACACGGGAUUGUGUGGAUUCCCUUUGUCAAAAGAAUGCAAAAGUGAUGGAACACUACAACCGCGGUCAGAAAUAGAAGAUAAUGCAGAGUCUACAAAUGGAUUCGGUUGGAAAGUGGUGUUGAUAGGCUAUGCGUCUGGAAUGGUGAUUGGACUGUUCAUGGGAUAUCUUGUAUUUUCAACAGGAAAGCCUCAGUUGCUUGUAAGGAUAGUUGAAGGAGAAGACCGUAGAAAGAGGAGGAGGCCGAAUGCGAGACGUUGA